UUGUACACGAGGUGGGAUGGUGGGGUAGCUACAGAACACGAGCAAAGCCCCAGUCUUCUAUGGGUGAUGACGAACCUUGAAACUGCCGAGAAAGAGGACGCCAAUGUUGACGUUGACGAUGACGCAGUUUUUCGUAUAUUCGUUUUUUGAUCAUGAUUCCCCCUCAAAGAAUGAUCGAAACUGUCUAGAUUCGAGUUGUUGGCUGUUGAAUAAGGUACAUAUGAAUGCCUAUGUGACAAACCAACCAGCGGGUGUCAGCCUGACAUUACGGGGUACCAAUUCUUCGCUUCUCUUCAGCCGCCUUUGCCCAUACCCAGACCUAGACUCAGUGGAGGGCCUGGGGUAUGACAAUGCAGGGCCCUGGAUUUCAGGACUUGGUAGGACUUUUUGUGGACCAUUUUCUUUGUUCACUCGAUUUGGUUGGUUCUCCUCCUUCACAUCAUCAUCCAUCAGGUCUUCUCAGGAUUUGAUAAUUUAACAUGGAUCGCAUCCUUUCUCAGCAACAAGAAGCUUGGCUGUCAGCAGCACCUAGUGGAUAAUAUGGCUAGUGGAACUCAUCUCAAGCCAUCAAUCGAACUGUGCACGGGUUUCCAGCCCAAUGGUUAUUGAUUCUUGUUCCACACUUCACUAUGAUUUAUAUUCCUUACGAUACUCGUACAAAUAUAUUCAGUGUUACACUUCCUUCCAUCGG